AUGGUUUUAAUGUAUCAGGGUUGUAUUUUUGAAAUUUUAUUCUCAUUAGUAUACGUCAAUGAAAAAGGAAAUGAAGUAGCGGAGUCAGCUGUUAAUUCGGCUAUUGGAUAUAUAGAACAAAGUGGGAAGUAUAACUUGAAACUGGAAGUUACAAGAGUUUCUGGGAACAGGAAUAAUGAUUCCAAUGAAAUGCUGAAAUCUUUAUGCGAAAAUUAUCAUCGAAUGUUGGACAAUAAACGACCACCACAUCUGGUACUUGAUACUACGAUGACUGAUAUGGCCUCUGAAACUGUAAAAAUAUUCACACGAGGUUUGGCUUUGCCAACAAUUAGUGCUUCUUAUGGCCAAAAUGGAGAUCUUAGAGAGUGGAACAAUCUGGAUAUAAUCGAGAGAAAAUACUUGAUUCAAGUAUCUCCUCCAGCGGAUCUUAUUCCUGAGAUGAUAAGGAAAUUAGUUGUUCGACAAUUAAUGAUAAGUGCUGCCAUUAUGUAUGAUAAAACAUUCGUUAUGGACCACAAACACCAAUCACUACUCAGAAACAUAGCUACAAGACACCUUAUUUCGGAAAUAAAUCCUACAGAAAUAGAUCAACAACUUUUGAGGAUGAUAAAAUUCGAUUUGGUGAACUUUUUCAUAUUGGGUAGCUUGGAAACCAUCAAGUUGGUGUUAGAUUCUGCAUGGAAACAUAAUUUAUUCAACAAGAACAAGAAAUACGCAUUUUAUAUUCUUACUCAAGAUUUAGGCGAUCUACUGGAAUGUGAAAUCAAAAACGGAACAAUUUUUUUUGGACAACCAUCAGUGAAUAAAAACUUCAAGAGUCGAUUGGAUUUUCUGAAGAAAACAUAUUUUUUGGACGGUAAACCCGAAAUGACAGCAAGUUUUUAUUUUGACCUGAGUAUUCAAGCUUUCCUCACAGUGAGAAAUAUGAUGAUAGAUGGAACUUUGUAUUAUACGAAAAAUCCCAAAUAUAUAACGUGUGAUGAAUAUAAUAAAUUGAAUAAACCAACACGUGCUGGUCUAGACCUGGAAGUUAUGUUCAAAAUGCAAACCGAACACACGAUAGAAAGUCCUUCUUUUGGGAACUUGGUAGUGGUCUCCAACGGGUUAAGUAGCAUGAGAUUCGAAAUGAAUUUAAAUUUAAUUGAUUUUCGCCAAGGCCAUGUUUCGAGGAAGAUAACUGUAGGGAAUUGGAUGGGUGGAAUUGACAGCAAUAUAAGUGAUGUUAAUUCAAAAAUAUUCGACUCAUAUCAUGCUGUUCUUACUUAUCGAGUUGUUGUUGCUGAGCAAACUCCAUUCAUUUUCCGGGACCCAGAACAUCCCAAAGGAUACAACGGCUACUGCAUUGACCUCAUGGACAAAAUAGGAAAACUCGCAAAAUUUGAAUACGAAGUUAUUCUAGCGACAAAUAAUGAAUUUGGGCAUAUGGAUGAGAAGGGUCAUUGGAACGGUCUGAUCAAGGAUCUUAUGGAUAAGAAAGCAGACAUUGGAUUGGGUCCAAUAUCUGUUAUGGAAGAGAGAGAAAGCGUUAUAGAUUUCACAGUUCCUUACUACGAUUUGGUAGGCAUUACUAUCCUGAUGAAGAUACCUUAUGUUCCGACCUCUUUAUUUAAAUUCUUGGGUGUUUUGGAGGACGAAGUGUGGUACUGCAUCAUAGCUGCGUAUUUCUUCACCAGUUUCCUGCUUUGGAUUUUCGACCGAAUGAGUCCCAUGAGCUACAGAAACAACCCAGAGAAAUAUGAAAACGACAACGAUAACAGGGAUUUCACCUUGAAGGAAUGCCUUUGGUUUUGUAUGACCUCUUUGACACCACAAGGGGGUGGAGAAGCUCCUAAAAACUCUUCUGGUCGCUUCGCAGCAGGAGCAUGGUGGCUUUUUGGAUUUAUAAUAAUUUCUUCGUAUACUGCUAACCUAGCUGCCUUUUUGACUGUAUCACGCUUAGAAACUCCGAUCGAGUCACUCGAUGACCUGGCGAAGCAAUAUAAAAUACAAUAUGCACCAAUGAAUGGUUCUCAAUCAGCCACAUACUUUUUGAGGAUGAAAAAUAUAGAGAAGAGAUUUUAUGAAAUUUGGAAAGAUAUGAGCUUGAACAGAACCAUGAAUGAUACCGAACGAGCCAAAUUGGCAGUUUGGGACUACCCAGUGAGUCAAAGGUAUUCUAAAAUGUGGAUAGCAAUGACGCAAGCAGGUUUUCCCAAAAGCCUGGAAGAAGCUGUGAAAAGAGUUAGAGACUCUCCAUCAUCAUCGGAAGGUUUCGCUUAUCUGGGUGAUGGAACUGAUAUAAAAUAUUUGGAGAUGACUAAUUGUGAUUUGAAACCAGUUGGCGAGGAAUUUUCACGAAAACCUUAUGCGCUUGCACUUCCAGAGGGUUCGUCACUGAAGAACCAAUUGAAUACAGCCAUUCUCAUGCUCCUUAAUAUGAGAGAGUUGGAGCAUCUGAAAGAGAAAUGGUGGAAUAAAAAUCCUAACAAGAUAGUAUGCGAUGAACAGGAUAACCAAUCUGAUGGCAUUAGUAUCCAGAACAUUGGAGGUGUCUUCAUCAUUAUUUUCGUUGGUAUUGGAAUAUCGCUUGUUACACUUGCCUUCGAAUAUUGGUGGAUCAAAUGCAGGAAACCUUCAGAAGUAACUGCCAUUGAAGUAUUAUCUAGAAGUGAAAAUGAAAGACAUUGA